CUUUCCCCUGAGCCAUGUUGGGCGGGGCAUGCAAAUAAGCCCUGCGUGGGCGGGGGCGGCGCAUGCAAACGAAGGCUGUGGAGGCGGGGCCGUUGCAUGCAAAUGUAGCCCCAGGGUGGGCUGCUGGGUUGAGGCAGGUGUGCCCUUUGCUGCUGGGGCAGAGCAGUCUUGCCCUCUCCCCACCUACAGAAAUCUAGGCCUACCUUGCAAGAUACUUCAGGGUGAGGAGAGUGUUGGACUGAGACUGAUGAAGAAGACCCUGGUUCGAAUCCCUCCUGCCACGAAGCUCCCUGGGUGACCUUGGAACACUCACAAACUCCCAGCCUCACCUACCGCGCAGGGUUUGUUGUGAGGACAAAAGAGGAGGAGUGCCACACAUUGCCGCCUUGGGCUCUUUGGAGGAAAGGUGGAACGUGAGUGAGGUCAGCAAUCUGCUUUGUGCUCCAGAUGUGGUCGUAUCAGUGCUGAAAAGUGGGAAAUAGCAACUCUUGGGAUUUAUCUGUGGGGUCGGAAAGGGCUAAAGGACCCUCAUCAAGAUGUUCCUCCGGCUCUUGUCUGAUGUCCGGUGGCAAAGAGCUAGCCCAGGAUGGAGAAGCAUGACCAGCUCCCGGCACAGUAGCACAACUGGAGCAGAACCUCACCUGACCCCUCUGCCAUCACAUGCACAGGUGGUUAUCUGUGGGGGUGGAAUCAUGGGCACAUCAGUGGCAUAUCACCUCUCCAAACUCGGGUGGAAGGACAUCGUCUUACUGGAGCAGGGCAGGCUAGCUGCUGGUUCCACGAGAUUUUGUGCGGGCAUCGUAAGCACAGCGCGGCACCUGUCCAUCGAGCUGAAGAUGGCUGACUACUCCAACAAGCUGUAUCAGCAACUUGAGCAAGAGACUGGGGUAAAAACGGGUUACGUGAGGACUGGCUCUAUCUCUCUAGCUCAGACGCAAGACCGGCUGAUCUCCCUGAAGCGCAUAGCCUCACGGCUCAAGGUCAUGGGAAUCCCAUGUGAGCUCAUCCCGCCCAAGAGAGUGACACAGCUCCACCCGCUUCUCAAUAUCCACGACUUGGUGGGGGCCAUGUACCUCCCAGAGGAUGCUGUCGUUUCAUCAGCCGAUGUGAGCCUCGCCUUGGCCAGCGCUGCCUCUUUGAAUGGUGCCCAGAUCCAUGAGCGGACGAGUGUUAUCCACGUCUUGUGCCAAAAGGGUUGUGUGGCUGGAGUGGAGACUGACAGAGGGAUGAUCGAGUGCCAGUAUUUUGUUAACUGUGCUGGGCAGUGGGCUUACGAGCUGGGCCUUUCCAACGAGGAACCGGUCAGCAUCCCUUUGCACGCUUGUGAGCACUUCUACCUCCUGACCCGGCCCUUGAAGACACCGCUGGAGAGCAGCACACCAACUAUUGUGGACCCUGAUGGGAGGAUCUACAUCCGCAGCUGGCAGGGGGGCAUCCUUUCAGGUGGCUUUGAGAAGAACCCCAAGCCAAUCUUCACAGAGGGCCGGAACCAGCUGGAGAUACAGAACCUGCAAGAGGACUGGGAUCACUUUGAGCCACUUCUGAGUGCCCUUCUGCGGAGGAUGCCAGAUCUGGAGGCGCUGGAGAUCGUGCAGCUGGUGAAUUGCCCAGAAUCUUUCACUCCAGACAUGCGGUGCAUCAUGGGAGAGUCACCCAAUGUGCAGGGCUACUUUGUCCUGGCAGGGAUGAACUCGGCUGGCACGUCUUUUGGUGGAGGAGCAGGCAAGUACAUGGCUGAAUGGAUGGUGAACGGCUACCCCUCUGACAACGUGUGGCCCCUGGAUCUGAAGCGCUUUGGGGCUCUGCAGAGCAGCCGCACCUUCCUCCGCCACCGCGUCAUGGAAGUGAUGCCCCUGAUUUAUGACCUGAAAGUUCCCCGCUGGGAUUUCCAGACCGGCAGGCAGCUGCGCACAUCACCCCUCUAUGACCGGCUGGAUGCACAAGGAGCCAGGUGGAUGGAGAAGCAUGGCUUUGAGAGGGCCAAGUACUUUGUUCCGCCUGGGAAAGACUUGCUGGCCCUGGAUCAGAGCAAGACCUUCUACAAGCCAGACUGGUUUGACAUUGUGGGGGCAGAGGUCAAGUGCUGCAAGGAAGCCGUCUGCGUUAUUGACAUGUCCUCGUUCACCAAGUUUGAAAUAAGUUCCACAGGGGAUCAGGCCCUGGACGUCUUGCAGUAUCUCUUCUCCAAUGACCUGGAUGUGCCUGUGGGGCACAUAGUGCACACAGGGAUGCUCAAUCACAACGGAGGAUACGAGAACGACUGCAGCAUUGUCCGCCUAAACAAGCGCAGCUUCUUCAUGAUUUCCCCCACAGACCAGCAAGUCCAUUGCUGGUCCUGGUUGAAGAAGCACAUGCCUGUUGACAGCAACCUGUUCUUGGAAGACGUAACCUGGAAGUACACAGCAUUGAAUCUGAUUGGCCCCCGCGCUGUGGACGUCCUGUCAGAGCUGUCCUAUGCUCCAAUGACCCCAGAGCACUUUCCAUCCCUCUUUUGCAAGGAGAUGAGCGUGGGCUACGCCAACGGCAUCCGUGUCAUGAGCAUGACGCACACCGGAGAACCGGGAUUCAUGCUCUACAUCCCCAUUGAGUAUGCUCUGCACGUGUACAAUGAGGUAAUGAGCGUGGGGCAGAAGUACGGGAUCCGGAAUUCUGGCUACUACGCCCUCCGCAGCUUGCGCAUUGAGAAGUUCUUUGCCUUCUGGGGCCAAGAUCUGGAUGCUUUCACCACGCCGCUGGAAUGUGGGCGCGAGUUCCGGGUUAAACUGGAGAAGGGCACUGACUUCAUAGGGCGGGAGGCGCUGAUGCAGCAGAAGCAGGAAGGGGUCUACAAGCGCUUCAUCAUGUUCGUCCUUGAAGACCACGACACAGACUUGGACCUGUGGCCCUGGUGGGGGGAGCCCAUCUACCGGAAUGGCCAGUACGCCGGCAAGACCACCAGCAGUGCCUAUAGCUACACACUGGAGCGGCACGUCUGCCUGGGUUUCGUCCUGAACGUGGACCCAGAGACCGGUGAGGAGCAGCCGGUGACACCCGACUUCGUCAACCAGGGCGAAUACGAGAUUGAUAUCGCAGGGCAGCGCUUCCAGGCCAAGGCCAAGCUUUAUCCCUUCAGCUCCCUCUUCACGACCCGCCGGCGCAAGGAUGAAAUGGAGUUCAGUGGCUUCCAGGGGAAAUAACUCAGUGCUGCAUCUUUCAGACUUUUUAACGCUGCUGCUCGUUGGGACUUUGUAUAGCCCCUCUGGUCUGUUACAUUUUGUAUAUCAUAACACUUUCCCCCCCUUUUCCUCCCCUCUCCUUCCAUACAUAUCUCUUCUUUUCUGCGCAUCCUGGUUGUUUUC